UCGUCUUCCUCCUCUCUCUCUCCCCUCUUCUCUCUAUCUCUCUCUCCUCUUUCUAGAUAUAUAUAUAUGUCAUAUGCCAUCAGAAUGGGAGGAGGAAAGCAAAACAAGGGGAGAAGAGGGGGAUGAACCCACCACCCUCCGUUGUUAUGGUUCCUCCCAGAUCUUGGUAUUGCUAACUUUUGGCCAUUAAAGCUUUGAAAAUUGAUCUCCUUUUGCUGAUUCAUGAGGGAUCCGAGGCCUCUGCAUUGAAUUUUAAGAGACCCAUUUCCCGAUCUGUGUUCUUUUGAUUCAGGGAACUUCUAAUCAAGAGCAGGCAAAUGGAAUCGGAUAUGGGCAAACUCUUCAUCGGGGGAAUCUCAUGGGAGACCAACGAGGAUCGCCUCAAAGAGUAUUUCAAAACAUAUGGAGAAAUCGUUGAGGCUGUGAUCAUGAAGGAUCGAACCACAGGCCGAGCUCGUGGCUUUGGUUUUGUGGUUUUUUCAGACCCUGCAGUUGCAGAUAGAGUUGUUCUUGAAAAACACACAAUAGAUGGUCGAACAGUAGAGGCAAAGAAGGCAGUUCCAAGAGAUGACCAACAAAUCCUUAACAGAAACAGUAACAGUAUUCAUGGAUCCCCGAGCCCUGCAAGGACCAAAAAAAUCUUUGUAGGUGGUCUAGCUUCCACAGUCACUGAAAAUGAUUUCAGAAAAUAUUUUGAUCAGUUUGGAACAAUAACAGACGUAGUUGUAAUGUACGACCACAACACCCAAAGGCCUAGAGGAUUCGGUUUCAUAACUUAUGAUUCUGAGGAUGCAGUGGACAAGGUUCUCUUAGAAACCUACCACAAGCUCAAUGGAAAGACAGUCGAGGUUAAAAGGGCAGUCCCAAAGGAGUUGUCUCCAGGCCCAAGUAGAAUUCCUCUUGGAUAUGGAAUGAAUAGGGUCAAUAGCUUCUUGAAUGGGUAUCCUCAAGGUUAUAACCAGGGCUCCCUUGGUGGCUAUGGGAUGAGAAUGGAUGGUCGAUUUGGACCUUUAGUAGGAUCGCGAGGUGGGUUCCCUACAUUUUCCCCCCAAACUUAUCCUAAUUAUGGGCCAGCAGUGAGCCCAAGCUAUGGAGGAAGCAAUUUUGGUAGUAAUCUUGGUUUUGGUCGAGGAUUAGGCCCAUACUAUGGUGGCAACAAUGCCAGUAGAUAUGGCAGUCCAAUUGGGUACAAUGGUAGUAGUGGAGGAAGUGGAUCUUUCCUAAGCCCAACUGGUCGUAAUGUUUGGGGUAAUUCCGGCCUGAAUUAUUCUGCUUCUGCAACUUCAACUGGAUACAUUGGAUCAGGUAGUGGAAGCAUUGGAGGGUUUGGAAACACUGGAGCAACUUGGGGUUCUUCUCCUUCGAUGGCUUCACAAGUGGGAGGAAGUGGUGGUGGUUAUGGUGGGGGUGGCAGUUUUAGUUAUGGAAGCUCUGAAAAUGGCUAUGGAUUGGGAAUGAGCAGUUUUGGGGGUCGAACUAGUGGUACUGGUUUGGCCCCAAGCUCAUAUAGUGGAAGUAAUGGUGGAUAUGAAGGUAGCUAUGGGGAUUUGUAUGGUGGGAGCUCUGUUUAUGGGGAUCCAACAUGGAGGUCUGGUUCUACUGAGCUCGAUGGCUCCAGCUCUUUCAGCUAUGGCCUAGGAACUAUGGCCUCUGAUGUUGCAACAAAGGGUUCAGGGAGUUAUAUGGGAGGCUAUAGUGUUAGCAACAGGCAAUCAAACAGAGGAGUUGCAGCAUAGGCUUAUCAUUCUUUAUAUAACAGAGCUCAUUAGAAGAAAGCAAUGUGGUGAAGCAGGUGCAUAACUCUGCAUUUUGUGUUUUGCCAUCCUUAGUAUGUUAGCUGAAUUGAUUAUUGAGACUCAAUACCUAACUGGAAUGAGUUUCUAUUUCGGAAUCUGAAAAAUUUGAAGACAACCACAAAUGGUACGGAUACAAGGUGUUGUUCAGGGAUUUGUUUUAUUAUUAAAAUUGAGAGUGUAGUUUUGUUUCAUGAGUUUGAUUGAGUUGUAAAGGCAGAUUGCGGGAUUAUAUUCAGAAGAGUGUUUCCUAUUUGUGUAGUGUGCCCCUUCGAGGGAGAUACUAGACAAUAUUGUUUCUGUGAUGUAAUGUCUGGCUAGCUGCUGGUGUUGCAGUUAAGUUUGUUUUUUGGGCAUUGGAAUUGUACCAGAAUUCUGGCUGAUUUACUAGUGUGAGUUCUUUAGGGAUAUCAUCAGUUCCCAAGAAUAAUAAUAUACCAUUGUUCUUAA